AUGGGUGUUAUUGUAACGCAGCUCAGUUGUAUAAGCUACGUUUCCUAUUAUCAGAAGAUCGGUACACUGUACCAGUCUCAGCGGCAUAUCAUCUCGAGUCCGCCGCCGCCUCCCGAGCGACCUAAACUGGGAACGAAGGCGACCGUGGUGGCCGCACUGCUGGUAGUCGCAGUCGCAGUCUGCGUCGUGUCCGUCGUCGCUGUCCCAAUCGCACGGCGCCUCCGACGCGCCGCCCAGCUCGUCGGCCUGUGCGAGACCACGGCGUGCACCUCGUACGCUCGCAUGGUGGCGCAAAGCACGUCGGGAUCGGUCAACCCGUGCCACAACUUCUACCGCUUCGUCUGCGAAGGCUACGCCAACUCGUCGCGCUCGGUGUUCCGGGACCACAUGGACACCUUCACGAACCUCGUGGCACGCUCUCUGCGCACAGCCGUGGCACCAAAGUCGCCGCAGAGCGCCUUCGAAAAGGCCGCUCUCUUCUACCAAUCAUGCGUCGCUGUCGUCGCUGAAGGGACAAACCAGUUCGAGCAGUUCAGAGUCAUCAUGGAAGACGCCGGUAUCCAAUGGCCCCGGGUCGCACAGCCACCCGAACUCAUGGCCUCUAUGCUCAAGAUGGCCAUUUCCUUGAACAUUUUCACCAUCGUGUUCUUCGCUGCCGAUAUGGUUGACGGGAAGUGCCACAUUGAGAUCUGGAAGGGAGACGUCCUGGAAUACCUGAAGCGACGUCGCCAUGAACUCGAAACCGUCGGCAAGUAUGAUAUGUACUACGAAUCUUUCUCCAGGGUUUUCGGUGGCGACGAUGAGGACCCUAUUCCCAAGAAAGGCGAGGGUGGAGACACCUCGGCUGCACCCAGAAACACGUCACUGAGCUUCGAGCAAUUCCUGCAGACCGAGAACGUCGUCUUCCACUAUCUGACUGGCCGCAAGGAGUCCGCGAAGGCUGUCUUUGACAACAUCGCGAGGCUGCACCGCGUAUCCCCAUCAAUCACGGCCUGGCGCUGGGCAGACGUUUUCAGACAAAUGAUGGGCGUGCCCUCAGAACGUGCCGACAAUGCGUCGUCGUUGACCCUGCCAUGUUCGCAAGAGAUCACGGUUUGGGACUUGCAGUAUCUACGCUCCCUAGACGAUGUACUGCUCGCAGUGGGAUGGCACCGGCUUCAUUUCUACUACGGAUGGACCGUCGUUCAAGUACUGGCUCGAUUCAUGUCCUACGGCCUCGCUGUCAUGAGCCACGGAAGCGUGAAAGGAGCGCGCGAUGAUUCGCCUCUCCACUGCCUGCGCCUCACCGAGAGCACCAUGGGACUGGUGGUGUACCAGCGCUACGCGGCCACUGAUUUCAACGCAGACACGCGAUUGGAGAUGCACGAGAUGGUGAACGUGGUGUAUGCUGCGCUUCUGCGCACGCUGCAGGCCAACCCCGAUCUGGACGUGCGCGAAACGUCGAUAGAUCUGCGACAGCUCGAGAGCAUGCUCCUUCCCAAGUUCGAGCUAAUCGACGACCAUAGAAGGCUUGAUAUGCUGUUCGCCGAUGUCCCACCCAUGGCGAAAGACUCGUUCGCUCAAAACUGGCUGCACCUCCAACAGGCAUUACGGCGCAUGAGCCCUGCAGUACGAAAGGCCAUCCGAUCGUUCUACCUAUCUGCCGUCGCAGCUGCCAGUGGGUACUCGAUUCAUCGAACAAGCGACAGAAGGGAGCUUGGCCUGGCACCCUAUGUGUCGCUCCUGCCAUUGUACGACCCUCAGGUGGUAGACAGCAUCAAGUACGGCGGCCUGGGCUCCAUGAUCGCAGAGGCCACUUUCCAGUUCUUUCAAGAACACCUGCCCGAGCACAGCCGCUUCCUCGCACUGCUCGCGCAGCGCACCAACUGCUACGAGACCGGUCGGUUGCGCGGACUCAAGACGGACCCCACCAAGCACGCGGCAUUCGAACGCGCAGUUGCCCUGUCCAUCCUGUGGCAGGCGUUCCGGUCUCCGCUGCGGCGCCACGACCCGCGCUGGCGGCUGCGCGGCCUCGAUUCCUUCUCCGAGGAGCAGCUCUUCUUCUUGGCCACUUGCUUCCCGCUGUGCACCGGAUACCAGAGGGCAGUGGCCGAGGUUCAGUGCAACGAGCCGCUCAGGCACAGCCGACACUUCCCGGGCGCCUUCCAGUGUGCCGGAGGAGCGCCCAUGAAUCCGCGGCUCAAGUGCAGCGCUUUCUACUGA